AUGUUUCCCAGCAGUGUGUGGUACUGCUGCCAGGAUGAUUUUUACAGUGGUAUCUCACAGCAGCGUGAAGGGUCGACUGGAGGUGACAGUCAUCCUCACAGAGCCCAGAGGUCAUCCUCAGACCACGCUAUGAUGAGCAGGGCGGUCUCGGGUGGAGGACUAACCAUCGACACCCUGCCAGAAAACAUGACACGCGUAGUGGAGGAUUCUGGCAAAUAUUACACAUGGCGUAGCUUUGGCCCUAAGGACCGACGCACACAGGAACUAUGGGUAGACAUGAAUGACGUCCGGCACGGCCAAGUUAGAGUCCAUGGCAUUCUGUCAAAUUCAUACAAACAGGCUGUGCGGGUCGCCCUGUCAUUUGACUUUCCCUUUUACGGACAUUACCUGAGGCAGAUUAUCAUAGCAACAGGAGGGUUUAUCUUCACAGGGGACAUUACUCACCGUAUGCUGACCACAACCCAGUACAUCGCCCCUCUAAUGGCUAAUUUUGACCCCAGCUACUCCAAAGACUCCACUGUGCAGUACCUGGAUAAUGGUGAGGUGUUUGUGGUCCAGUGGGAGAAGGUCAUACUCCCUGGCAAAGAGUCAGAGGGAGCCUUCACCUUCCAGGCUGCGCUCUACAAAACAGGAACCAUCACGUUCAGCUACAGAGAUAUCCCUCUGUCAUUAGAUGUGAUCAGUUCAGCUGAGCAUCCAGUGAAGGUCGGUUUGUCUGAUGCCUUCAUGGUCAUGUCUUCUCAAUCACCAGAUGCCCAACAGCAGUCGAUUUACGAGUACCACAGGGUUGAGAUAGACAUUACAAAGAUCACCAGCUACUCUGCUGUUGAGUUCACUCCACUGCCUACCUGCCUGCAACACGACAGCUGUGAGCUCUGCCUCUCAUCCAACCAAACCUCUGGUUGUAGCUGGUGUCAUGUGCUCCAGAGGUGUUCAGAUGGCAUGGACAGACACAGACAGGAAUGGUUGGAAUAUGGCUGUUUAGUAGAGAGCGAAGAUGCAACCUGUGAGGAUUACAGCAGGGGUGACAGCUCUACCGGUUCCUCUAUCACACCAGAGAUCGAGGAGGUGACAUUUUUGACUCCUUUGCAAAAAGGCUGUGAAAGUGAUGAUGACACUAAACAUCAUAUAUUUACCGCAGGCAAUGAUGUGAAGACAGAUGCUUCAACCAAGAGUGAAGGGCUGGCUAACACAGGAGUGAUAGCCGGGAUAGCUGCUGCUCUUGUGUUACUCUUGGUGCUGAUACUUGUUGCUCUUUACAUCAACUACCAUCCUACUGUCACGUCACCACUUUACCUCAUCCAGCGACGCAAGAACUACUGGCCUUCCUGGAAGUUUCAGAAGCAACAGCCCGGUUACACAGAAGUGGAAGGAGAAGGACAUGAGAAAGACAGCAUUGUUGAAGCUGGACCAUGUUGAAACCAUGAAUGGAAACUUGGAAGAUAUUUGCAUUGAACUGAUUUUUAACCACAUUCAAACGUGUAGUAUACACUUCUCCAAACAUUUACAUUCCAAAGCCAGUUCAACUUUUGCAUUAAGUUUAUGAUUGUUUUUUUAAGCUUUUUUAAGUGGCUCCAUUGCAAAAAAGAUGAAACUUGCUGUUUGGGUAGAUUAUACCUACCCAUAGCUUGAUAUUAAAUGAUUUCAUUUGAAAUUUAUAUCUCUGUUGGAAUAAAUAAUGGUUGCAUUCCACCUUUUUUAAAGUUUGUAUAAUUUGACUGCAAAAAACUGUGA